UAAUCUCAUUGCCUGAAAACCUUGUCUUGUAUUUCAUUUUAGAAUAAAAUAAAUAGUUUAUUAGAGAAUAAUGGCGAAGGAGAAGAAAACACAACCAGAUGGGAAAAAAAGAUCGCCAUCCGUUGUUAAACGACUGUUAAGUUUUUUAUGGAAAGUUUGUAUCUCAAUAUUUUGGUUUGUAUGGAUGUUCCUAACAAUACUUCUUGUUGGCUACAUAUUAAUAUCUGGUCUGGUCAUUUACUCAACUGAGUUAAAAAUGGAAUUUAUAUUUUUCAACAGAGUACGAGGCCCGUGGUUUGGUAAUAUUUCUGCUUGUGGAGACUUUGGGGUAGUUAAAUGUGAGAAUAUCUUUCUUGACGGACCAAGUGGAAAGUUGGGCUCUUGGUUUAUAUCUCCUGCGUCAAGACAAUACAUCACAAAGGAGGCUUAUAUAUUAUAUCUACAUGGUAACAUGGCAUCUAGAGCUUUUGAUCACCGUGUACAAUUAUACAAGAGACUAUCAAAAAUGGGUUAUCAUAUCUUAGCUAUUGAUUACAGAGGGUUCGGCGAUUCCGAAGGAUGGCCAACUGAACAAGGUCUUGUUGAGGAUAGUAAGGUAGCUUAUCAAUUUUUAUUGGAGAAAGCUCGUGGUCUUCCAAUUUACAUUUGGGGACACUCGCUUGGUUCUGCUGUUGCAGUUCAACUCGCUGCCUGGUUAAAUUCAGAACAUUCUCAGCUAAAUGGAGUGUUCUUGGAAGCGCCGUUCAAUAACAUUACUGAUGGAAUAAAGUAUAGUCCUUUAGCAGCUCCAUUACGACAAUUUCUUCCAAACGUGGAGCAAUAUUUCGAUGACGUCAGAAAUGUAUUUCGGAGUACCCACUGGAUCACCAAGGUGACAUCGCCAAUUCUAAUGCUACACGAUAAAAAAGAUCACAUUCUAAAUAUAAAUCUAGGACGAAAGCUACAUCUAGCUGCUAAAUCAGUUGGUACUACAAACGUAAAGUUUAUUGAGUUAGAUGAAGACUUAUAUCACAAUGAUAUAUAUCGCGCGAAAAAUCUAAAACACAUUGUCAGUGACUUCGUUUUAAACACGUCAUAGAAUGCUGCAAAGGUUUUUUUUAUUUGUUAGUAUACUAGCUAUAUUUUAAAAUUUUGUAACAUUAUUUGAAAGAUAACGUUUUUACA